UUAGCAACAGUCCAAAGACUAGACGACCAUUCAAUAAAUAAACCCCAAGCACCCCUUCCUGCCACCUGAUUUUCAGUUCAAAAUCCAACCAACAUUUCACCAAAUCUUCCUCUCUUUCUCUUUCUUUCUCUUCCAAUAUGAUCUUAUUGGCGUAGAGCAACACCAACAUCCUUGGGAAACUGUAACCUUUGAAACAACAAAAAAUAAAAGCAACAAACAACCCUUUAAACUUUGACAUAAACAGACUCCACCAGUUCUCUCCUGUCUGUAACCUUUCCAGACCAGACAAGGACAGCAGUGUUUUACAGACAGAAGAGAGAAUUGGGUUGUCUUUUAUCUGUUUUUUUAGUUUGGUUUUUGCUGGAUUCAAAUUCAAGUAUUUAUGUGGAGAGAUAGGUAUUGUAACAGGAAACCUGGGAAAGUCAGGGGAGUAUUUUUUCGAGAGGAUAUUUGAUUGCAUCCAUGAGAUCACUGAGGCUCUCGCUUUGUCUAGGAUGAGCGAGUCUGCUUAUAGAGUUGAAACCACUGCUCGUCUUGCUCAAUGGAGGAUAGACAAUCUUGCUUCUUGCACUUACCGCAAAUCCGAUCCUUUCAAGAUCGGCAAGUGGAAUUGGCAUUUGACGGUGGAGAAGAACAGGGUAUUGUAUGUUAAAUUACACCCAGAGAUAUCAAAUCUAACCAGAGAUAAUCCUCCAAUUGCAUCCUUCAUCAUCCGAGUUGUCUGCUCUGCUGGAGAUCGAAAGGCUUUUACUCAUCCAGAAAUAACAGACAAACAGCUGAAAACCAACGACGAUUUUGUCUGGCCGAUUGAGGUUCCUUUGACAGGGAAAUUCAUUAUUGACGUUGAAUUUCUUGAUCUGAAGACUGCAUCGCCAAACGGUGGGGAACCUUGCUCCAUUUGGGCUGAAGGAUUCACACAAAAGCAAUCAAAUGCAACAGCUGUUGCAUGCCUUGCUCGAAUGUUAACAGAAGGCAUCCAUACAGAUAUCAUUAUUAAUGCUUCUGAUGGAAGCAUUGGAGCCCAUCGUGCUGUUCUUGCUGCAAGAUCACCUGUUUUCCGCAGCAUGUUUUCACAUAACCUGCAAGAAAAAGAACUCUCAACCAUAAACAUCUCCGACAUUUCAAUCGAAGCUUGUCAGGCUUUUCUAAGUUACAUUUACGGAAACAUCGAACACGAAGAAUUUCUUACGCAUCGACUGGCACUUCUCCAGGCUGCUGACAAGUAUGAUAUAUUGGACUUGAAAGAGGUGUGCCAUGAAAGUCUCCUAGAAGAUAUUGAUUCAAAGAAUGUCCUUGAGAGGCUCCAAAAUGCAGCUUUAUACCAAUUGCCAAAGCUGAAGUCCAGUUGCCUGCAAUACCUUGUGAGGUUUGGAAAGAUAUAUGAUAUUCGAGACGAUUUUAAUGCUUUCCUGCAAUGUGCAGACAGGGAACUGAUAGCUGACAUCUUUCAUGAAGUUCUGAACACCUGGAAAGGAUUCUAAGAUUCCAAAAAGAGUAAAGAACAAAGGAAAUGUGUUUAAGUCAGUGAUAUUUAUAGGAUGCAUGAGGAUUUUAGUGUGCAGGAUUUUCUGUAAAGAUGAUUCUUUUGUUCAGAUGGAAUUCAUGUCUCCAUGUGCAUAUGUAUUGGUAUCCUUUGACAUGAACAUACCAUCCUCAUUAACAGAAUUUCAGAAAUACAAUAUGAUUUGGUUCAAAUUGAUUGAUUUAUGUUGUGAUUUAGAUUUUAAGAGGAAUUUUACUCAAUCGGUUUCUUUAUUUGGGAUGAGGACAGAAACUUUGCAUGCUGUCAUACAGAAGAAAUAAAAGCAUACCAAACAUGAAAAAACACUCAAUUAUAUUGGUAUGAAUGCAGGACCAAUCUGAUUUGGUUGCAAAUGUUUCUAUUUGCUCGACAGGUGCUUUCAAGUUUCACUCUUGACUAUCUCAUCAAGAACCAACUAAACCAUGUAAAGGCUGAAAAAGAAAAAAAAAUUAGGUAGACAAAGCAUGCCAAUACACAUCCUGACCACUUUGCAAUUAAUGCAGCCAUGACUUUUCGGUCUCCACAAUGAGAAGUGAUUGACACAAUAAACCAACAUGCUCUUUCUCGGAUUUUGGCGUAAAUAGUACACCAAGAGAAUCAACAAGUUAGAAACUUGCUUUAGUUUUAGCAUAAACAAACUCGCGUACUGAUACCAAGUUAAUAAGCCCACCAUGUUGCCAUAAAUGACUAGUAAUUGAAAAUAACAAAAGGUGCAAACAACAGAAUCAAAUGGAAAACCUGGUUAUGUGGCCUGGUGGUUCACCUCCCAGCAUCAAGAGCUGCAUUUUCUUCCCUGCAAGCCCUGGGUUCAGCGGAGGACAGAGGUUCCCAUCAUAGAAAAACACGUAAGACUCGAUCAAAUCUUCAUUCUGUUUCUAAAAUGUUUGUAGCCAAGAUUAUCAGCAGAUAGCAGAUGGAUAGAGACAUAAGAAACAAAGUACCAUAUGUUAAUACCAAAUAUAGUAAAUAACUGAUAAACAAACUCAGAGAAGUCAAUAAGAGGACUUCCUAUAUCGAGGAAUGAGUGUGAAAAGCAUAUCAACAGCUUAAAACUGAGCAUAAUGAUCACUUGCGAAAGAGGUGCUGAUCUUUAGAUGCAUAAAUUACAGCUUCUAUUGUUAGAAUAGUAAAUUUCACCUUCAACAGCACGUUUAUACCCACUCACUUGCAGUUGACAAUUGAAUGUUGUACCUGUCAUUACUGAGAACCUCAGAAGAUGGAGAGAAAGAGUGUGAAGGGAAUAAGAAUAAG